AUGACAGAAUUAAUUUAUUUUUUAAGCUUGUUAAUUUGUACAGGUUGCUUAGGCACCUCUUUGAAGCCUUCGCCUAUUUAUGGUGGGUUAUGUUUGAUUGUUAGUGGAUGUUCGGGUUGUUUAGCGGUGUUAGGGCUUGGUGGGUCUUUUUUAGGAUUAAUGGUGUUUUUAAUUUAUUUAGGGGGGAUGAUGGUUGUGUUUGGUUAUACUACUGCUAUGUCUGCGGAGGAGUAUCCUGAGACGUGGGUCUCUAGUUGAUUAGUGUUGGGGACUCUGGUGAUAAGUAUUUUUAUGGGGGUGGGAAUGUUGUUUGUGUCUAAUUAUUAUGAGGGUGUGGAAAUGGUUUUAGAGUUCAAUAGUUUAGGUGGGUGGGUGGUUUAUGAUGGUGAUGAGUUAGGGUUGAUGGGUGAGGGUGGAGCUGGUGUGGCUGCUUUGUAUAGUUGUUCUGCAUGGUUAAUGGUUGUUUCUGGUUGAACUUUAUUUAUAGGGGUGUUUAUUAUUAUUGAGAUUACUCGUGGGAAUUAA